GGGGAGGGUCUCUGAUAUUAGCACUCAUUUCUGCUGGAAAACGUCUAUGCCAAUACUGUGUUAUCCGUGCCAAUUUCCAACAUGUAGCCACCAGCGUGUUGAGAUUGCAAAUACUGGCGGUAAUCGAGCAGAGAUUUCGGCGCGGUGGUCCAGCUGUGAAAAGAGCCGCCAUCGAGUCAGACAGACGAUGAUGGCCAAGAAGAUCUACUAUCAGAAGGGCUUCCCCACAGAGCACUGCUGUGUUCCUCUGUGUGGAACUACUUCAAGGUUCAACACGGAGCUCAGCUUCCACAGCUUCCCGUCGGACGAGGAGCUGAGGAAAAACUGGCUGGUGAGCGUCCGGAGGGAGAAUUUCCCCCUGAAGUCUAACGCCCGGGUCUGCAGCCGGCAUUUUAACCCAGAGGAUAUCACAGACCGAAAGGAGAGCGGGGGCAGACGGAGGCUGAAGAAGGGGGCCGUGCCGGUGCUUUUCCCCUGGAACAACUACUGUGAUGGCGGGACAUCUGAUGAACAAAUGCGCUUGGAGCUGGUAUCAGAAGAGGAGAUCACUUCAGUUCUCACAGCUUCGCAUGUUAGUGAAGAUGGCUAUCAUUAUGACAUUCGACAGACCACAGACAUCAUUUCUGCACGAUAUUACUGGCCUGAUAUGUCAAACCGCAUUAAAACCUGGGUAGAGGAAUGUGAGCAAUGUAUGAAAAUUAAUAACAGAGGUUCUGGAGUUAGGCAUACAUAUGGACCAGCUGCUCAUCAAGCUAAAUCACCUUCUAAAUCCAACAAUGAAGUAAGAGUUUCAGAAGCAGCUCCUGUUCGUAAAGAAGCUCAAGAUGUAACUGACCAUAAAGCCUCAUUUACAACAGACUCCAAGAAGCAGACAAUUAACUCUGGGAAUGGAGGAGGAUCCCUGCAGUGUCCCUACUGCUACUUCCAGUGCAACACCAAAUGCUUAUUCCAAAUCCAUGUCGGCUCCCGGCACCCCCUCCACUGUGAAGACAUGUCUGUAGGCCACUUGGGUAAGGUCAUUUUCUACCAGCGCACAGCCAAGCUCUUCCACUGCUACAUCUGCUUCUAUACGUCCAAAGACUACGCCAAACUUUUCGACCACAUGUUGGUCAAGCACUCCUUCUCUGGACGGAAAGAUCCGACUUUGGAGUUAAAGCACCAAUCUGAUGAGGGCAAGGAAGAAUGUAGUCCCAGUAAGGACAGCAAAGAUUCUGAUUCUUCUGAGGUCGGACAUGGGGAAGGAAGCGAGCAGGACAAGGACAGUAGUCCCAGGAUGCAACCUGCCAGCUUGAUGGAUGUACCCACUAAAGCAUCAUUAACAGAAGGCCCUCUAAAAACGAAAGAAGGACAGAGCAUCGAGGGGGGAGCCAUUGAGGAUUUCAAUAUUUCUGGCAACCCGAUGAAACGGAAGCGAAGCUCUGCCUCUUGCAGCGAGUAUGAAGAUGACGAAGAAGAUGAGGAGGAUGAGUUGGACAGUAGCCAAUCGGCUAAAGAGGAGAAAAGUGCGGCCAUCAUGAAAUACACUGAGCACUUGAGCACCCGCUAUUACUACUGCAAGUUUUGCAAGUGGCGCACCAAGAAGAAAGGCUUUUUACUGUACCACGUCAGCCACAAGCAUGACGUCCCCAAGCCGCAUGCCUGCAAAGACUGCAGCAAGACCUUUAUGCUAGAAACCCUGCUGCUCAAACAUGUGAAGAUGUUCCAUAAACAGGGACUCUACCAGUGCCCGUUUUGCCCCUUUGAGUCCAAUUUUCUGCGGGGAAUCCGCCGUCACCUAAAUAACUGUAAAGGCGAGGAGGAAGAGAGUGGGGCUGAAGGACACAUACACACUGUCAAAGACUAAGAGUGGGAUUUGGAGAAUGUCGGAAUAUGGUGCUUAUAGAUCUUUAAACAUUAAGAUCGCAUUUUCAUCCUCACUUAUAAAAGGUAAAGGUGCUAAAAAGGAUUCUUUGUUGGAAUGCCAUAGACAUACAAUGAUCAAGCAUAACAUUGUAAGUAACCGUCUUCAUGUUUCUACACCCAUUAUCCUCUUUUCACCCUGUUCUUUAAUGGUCAGGACCACCACAGAGCAGCCAAUGGGGUAAGAUUUUGGUAAGAUUUCUUAUAGUAAGCAAUCGCAAAGUCUGGAAAAAAAGGGAAGGAGGAUUUAAAUUAAGCAAAAAUCUAAUUAAGCAAUGUGUCCUAUAUGCUUAGUGGGGCUGAAGAAAUGGUUAAUGUUUGUAGAAACAAGGAGAUGGUAAUAAUGUUAUGUUGUAAUGUUUAAGUUCCUUAAAGAAAUUCUGAAGGUUUUGGUGGAACCUUUUAAGGUGCUUUGAGGAUCCUUCUGGACAGGACCUUCAAGAGUUAAUCAGGGAACAUAUAUGUGUACUGUAAUGUGCUGAGAUGGAAUAUACUAGUGCAUCUCAAAAAAUGAGUAUCAUUGAAAAGUUACUUUAUUUCAGUAAUUAAGUAAAAAAAAAUGUAAAACCCAUAUAUUAUCUACAUGUAUUACAUACAGAGUGUUCUAAGUCCUGCUGGAAAACGAAAUCCGCAUCUCCAUAAAAGUUGUCAGCAGAGGGAAGCAUGAAGAGCUGUAAGAUUUUGUGGGAAAACAAUGCACUGACUUUGGACUUGAUAAAACACAGUGGAUCAACACCAGCAGAUAACAUGUCUCUCCAAACCAUCACUGAUUGUGGAAACUUCACACUAGACCUCAAGCAGCUUGGACUGUGUGUCUCUCCACUCUUCCUCCAGACUCUGCUCCCUUGAUUUUCAAAUGAAAUGUAAAACUUACUGAAAACAUUUACUGGUGAUCAGUGAUGGUUUGGAGAGCAUGUCAUCUGCUGGUGUUGAUCCACUGUGUUUUAUUAAGCCAAAGUCAGUGCAGUGUUUUCCCACAAAAUCUCUAGUGGUAUGGUGGUAUGAGAGAAAAGCAUACCGGUUCUAGUUCCCCCCGCAUAUACCGAAUGAACCGGUAUACCGCCCAGCACUAAACUAUAUAAUAUAUAAGUUUCACAUUUUUAACUGAAUUACUGAAAUAAAGUAACAAAUUUUUUGAGAUGCAACAAGUGUGUUUAUGUUUUGAAGUUCCAAUCACAACUUCACAUAAUUUAGAUUUAGCUCUGUAUUUGCUAUAUAUAGUUUGUGCAAAAAUAGUCUGAUUUUAGACUUAGUAUAUAUGAAAACAGCUGAUUAAUUAGAAACAGCUCAUUUUGAGUCAUAGUAUUUUUGAACACAGUAAUGUCAACUUAGUCAGUAAUUAGACCUUUAGUGUUGGAAUCAGAGUGGGAGACCUUGUUUACAUAGACUUGAGAAAUUCUUGAAGGAAUCAAUGUAAUGUAAAUUAAGCGUGAAUGCAAUGAGCCUUUUAUGGCCUUUUAAUUAACUUUUACAUGUUCAAGUGUUUAAGGAAUGAAAGUUUUUUUUUAAGCCAAGGGGCAUCAAGAAACUUUUAUUAAGCUAGUAUGUCUUGAACACUUCAAUAUACUGAAUGUCCUUCUUGUUGAUCAGUGGUUUAAUGAAAACACAUAGAAGCUGUGGACGUAUUUUACUUUUUUUGUUUGUUUGUUUGUUUGUUUUGUUCAUAUUUUUUUUACGUGGUGGUGAAAAUUCAUAAAUUCUUGACAAAGUACAUCUUAAAUCAUGUGAAAAGUAUCAGUGUUACUGUGCAGUGAAGUGUAUCAGUCUUUUAGUAUUUACUGUUUAAUUGUUUACAGUUAAGAAUAGUGUUUUUGCUGUUUUAAAGGAAAACCUAAGUAUUUUUUCCCAUGUACAAUCUACAAUGACAUUACAUAAUGGGGUUGCACCAAAUGGUUGUCCACAAAUAACUUACUCUGCUGAAAAGACUAAAUAAGUUUUACCGUUACAAUAUUUACUUUCCUAAAAAGUGGGAUAAAAGGGCAAAAACAAUAAAAUACAUGCAGAAACCAUGUUUGGUGUUUAGCUCUCAGACUUUUAUUUUUUUAUUUGCCAAAAAUGAAAAAAAAAAAAAGGUGCAGCUCUAAUAACCAUGUAGCAGUUAAUAAUAUUUGUGUUUGAUGAUAAUAUUGUUUUUGUUUUUUUUGCCAUUCCAUCAACAUUUUUGACAGUAUACAUUCAGGUUGAUAAGUAUUUGGACAGUGAUGCAUUUUUUGUACUUUUGCCUCCUGUUCACCAACACAGUGGAUUUUCAACCAAAUAAAGCAACAAUAUGGGAUCAAA